UUAUCAUGUGUAAAUACAACGAAUAUCUUUUGUUGUCUACAGAUCAUUCUCUUGUUCUCUUCUGUUGCAUUAAACACAAACAGCAGCAGCAGCAAAAAUCUUCCUCAUCAAUGACGAUGGCGAUGACGCGUAAGCACGAAGCCGUACCCGCCGCACGCAUUGUGGCUGUGGCAGCCCCGAGAGACAAAGGCCGCACGCGCGCAGCAUCGCCACGUUUUUGCGCUUCUUUGUGUCGAGAAUAAACUCGUGAAAUAUACUCGAAAAGGCGAGAGAAAGGAAGCGAAUAAUCAGGAUCCGAGGACUGCUGUUUGUAUAAAGUGCGCCGUCUCCCUCUUCUUCAUCUCCUUCAUCUUCAUCUUCUUCCUCUCCUCGUCGCACCCCACCUCCCCUCACCCUCAUCACCAUGUGGCCUUUCUCUGUCUCCCCCGCGUACGACGAAGCUGUCGGCCGCAUGAUCGCCGCCGACUCCAUCUCCUCCUUCCACGACGCAGCAGGCGCAGCCGGCGCCGCCGUCGCAGCAGCAGCUCCGAUCCCAGUCCCACUCCCCCCCGCCGAGUCCGUCUUGCACAAACUGAUCGGCCCCGCCUUUGUCCUCUUCGUCCUCGGCUUCCUCUUCUUCGUCGGCCUCACGACCUACAAAGUCGCCAACGCCGUGCUCGGCCACGCGUCCGCCGCCGUCUCGCAAAAGAUAGGCGGCGGGGGUCUCAAACGCACGGCCACAGGCUCGUUCUCGAUCCCCGUCACAUAUAUCCCGCAGCCGGAGUACGUCGAGCGGAGUACGCGCGCGCUGUCCAACUUUGUCAGUCGCGCGACGCCGUCGUUUGCAAAAGUGUGGGAGAGGACGGAGAAGGAUCGGAAGAUGCGAAAGCGUGAUAUUGCCAGAAAGUGGUUCCAUCGGGACUCGGUCUCGGAGGAUGAUUUGCAGGAUCAGGAUUUCCAGGCUUACUAUGCAGAGAAAUCCGAAACGUCUUUAUAGGUUUUUAGUUUUGUUUGUUUUGUAUUAUGUUUUUGGGUGUUUGUGAUAUCUUUGUUUUAUGGUCAUCGGUCUAGUUCUCGGUUUUAGUUUUGGUAUUUGUCUUGGGAUCGCUGUCUUGAUGUAUAUGUAUAGGUCUGGGCUGACCUCGCAUAAUCUUAGCGACUAUUACAUUGGUCUGGGUAACGGAAGUGAAUAUGCAAUGAAUCAUAUAAUCGGACACA